AUGCCGAUUUCCGCAAUCUUCCCUGAUUGGGUGCUUGGUCAUCCUCAACACGCAAAGACCACACCCCAGGAUGUGCCCCGACGAAAUCCAAAAGCCAGACCACCAAGCGGUAUCAGGGACAAGGUGCCUCUAUACGGCAAAUUACCAAAAUAUACUGGUCCAUACCAUGUUGGGACCAUCGACCUCGAAGUUCCUGCCCGAGAGCCACGGACCUUUUCCCACAUCACGCGGCAGAAGGUGCAUCUGAUUGCACUCGAGACUGUCCUCAUGACUAUUUACUACCCGGCCCAUUUUGAGUCAAGGGCUGACUUCAAUACAUCUACCCCGGGGCAGAGAUAUCGUCCCACCUGGCUGAGUCGUCCGAGGAAUGAGACGAGUCGUGGAUAUGGUCGCUUCGCCUCUCUCCCUGAACACUUGGCUGAAUGGUGGUUCUUUUGUACAACAUGGUACACGAAGCUACCGGCGUACAAGAAUGCGCGACUUGCGAAUCAUUGGCCCCGUCAGGGUUACGAAUCGACGAAUGACGGUGUACAUCGACGCGGCAUGGGUGCGCCUCCGACGUGCGGACCCGAAAAGCCCAGAUUCCCACUUAUCAUCUUCAGUCACGGUCUUGGUGGUACUAGAACGGCAUAUUCGACAGUUUGUGGUGAGUUUGCUAGUCACGGUUUCGUAGUCGUUGCUUUAGAGCACAGAGACGGUAGCGGCCCCAGGACCUUGAUCAACCAUCCUCCGGGUAGCUCGGCAGAUCGGGACCACCUUGAAAGACGUGGAAACAUUGAGCAUUUCAAGCAUGAUCAACAAAGGCCGUAUGAUGUUGUCGACUUCAUCUUCCCAAAAGGCGAUAAGUAUGAUACAACCCCGGGCCACAAAGUUGACAAAGAGCUUCGACGUGCUCAAAUCGACCUGCGCUUGGCGGAGAUCCAUGAGGCUUAUCAAGUCAUGCAAGAGAUAUGUGCUGGCGAUGGGGCUCAAGUUGCUGCUAGUAAUCUUCGAGUACGAGGCGCCAUUGGUGCUUCAAAAGCUGGUCUCGAAGGUAUUGACUGGUCGGCUUGGGAAAGCCGUUUUCAUACCGAAGGCGUUACAAUUGUAGGACACUCCUUUGGUGGCACCACGACAAUCAGCUUGCUACGCGAAAGGGAGAAGUUCAAAUAUGUCACGCAAGGCAUAGUCUACGACAUCUGGGGCAUGGCGGUGCUCCCUCCUCCAGAUGACAAGAAAUAUCGGCUGCAUGUCCCGCUUCUUGGCAUCAAUUCCGAGGCAUUCAUGUACUGGAAAGAGAAUUUUGAUGUUGCGCAAUCAGUCGUCUCAGAAGCUCUCGACGAAGAACAGCCGGCCUGGCUAGUGACUGUUCGAGGCACUGUUCACAUCUCUCAGUCGGAUUUCUGCGUCCUGUAUCCUCAUAUUGCGAGUGGUGUGCUGAAAAUGACGAUCAAUCCCAUCAGAGCCAUCGAUUUGAAUAUUGACACAUCCUUGGACUUUCUCUCCCGCGUGAUGCCAGAAGAGGUCAAACGCGACCAGCCUUUUUUGAGAACACUAUCGAAGAACAAUCCCCUCGAUUUGGAAGUGUUACAUGAAAUGCCGACUGAGCAUCAACCGGACGAGAAGUGGACGGCUACCAGACUAAAGAUCAAGCACGAGGGCCUCAAAAGAAUGAUACCAGGCUGGCGACGGAGAUACUGGGAUCGGUUGCAACGGUCAGGUGAAGAGAUCUGGCUUCAUUUGAAACCAGAAUGUGCCAAAUUUGGGCGAUGCCAGACUUGUAUUGAUCGAAGGGCACGUUACACCCAAGCGGGCGAAGAUUCCAUCAUAGCGGCAGGUGGAUCUGAAGAGGAAUGA